UGGUUGGUUAAACGCGCAAGGUGUUCUUUGCGAGGAGAUACGUUCCAGGCUUCACCUAGAUAUUAUCUCAAAACUACAACUAUUUUUGACGGUGUAACUGUUGACAUUACAAGUUGUUGUUUAAAUAAAGGGCGGGACUCGCCUCUGAAGACGAGCGAUGGGGCUUGCUUUGGGUCCGAGCUAGAGGUACGAGGAACAGCAGAUGCCCUGCAGACCAGUAAGCCUUUAAUGCCCCCAGGGCUCGGGACGGAGGAACUACACUGUAACUCACAACACACACUUCAAGUGAAACCCUUCACUUAACCCAUCCGUCCGUCGCCUCCGGGGGAACCUGCAUUUAAUCUUCCGGGAAUAUCACAGCAUUACGGGCGAACCCGUGGCUAAACUAACUCAUUUUUUUAUUUCACUUAUUUUUUCUUCCGCUCAAAUUGCUUUUUCGGAUAUAUGUUACCGUUGCGAAUCUUUUGGAAAGAGUCCCGCGUAAGACCGGUGGUUGCUUUAGAAUAAGUGCACCUGAUUCAGAUACAUUCCAGUUUUCAUAAACAACAACCGUGGAGCAACUCACUGAAGACCCGUCCGACCGCCAUGCCGCCCAAGAAAAGGGGAGAGCGCCACGACUCAGACGUUGUUGAGGAGAGGAAUGCCCAGGCUCAGCUUGAGAAGGCCAAGUACCGGCCGGUGGCGUUCGCCGUGCGCUGCAACUUCUCGUACACGCCGGCAGACGACGACAACAUGCCCGUGCAUGGACACGCCGUCACCUACGAGGCCAGAGACUUCCUGCACAUCAAAGAGAAGUUCAACAACGAGUGGUGGAUCGGCCGCCCGGUGAAGGAGGACGGUGUGGUGGGCUUCAUCCCCAGCCCGGUCAACCUGGAGACCAUCCUCAUCCGGAGAGAGGUGCAGGCCAGGAAGGCUGCCAAGGCCCUAGCCACCAAAGCUGCGUCUCAAGUCGUUCAGGAUUUGAACUCCAAGAAGUACACCCCUCCUUCACAAGCUAACCAGCAAGUAAAAAAGAAACCGGGGGAGCAGAUUGCCAUGUAUGAUGUGGUGCCCACCAUGCGUCCUGUGGUGCUGAUGGGACCCUCGCUGAAGGGGCUGGAGGUUACAGAUAUGAUGCAAAAAGCACUUUUUGACUUUUUGAAACAUCGAUUUGAAGGCAGGAUAACGAUAACGCGAGUGACGGCAGACAUCUCUCUAGCCAAGCGCUCCAUCCUUAACAACCCUGGAAAGAAGGCCUUAAUGGACCGCUCCAACACACGCUCUCAUCUAGCCCAGAUCCAGGGGGAGGUAGAGCGGAUCUUUGAGCUGGCGCGCAGCAUGCAGCUGGUGCUGCUGGAUUCAGACACCGUCAACCACCCCCUGCAGGUGUCCAAGACCUCGCUGGCCCCCAUCCUGGUCUAUGUCAAGAUCUCCCAGCCAAAGGUGUUGACCAGGCUGAUCAAGACUCGGGGGAAGUCUCAGACCAAGCAUCUUAACGUUCAGCUGGUGGCCGCAGACAAGCUGGCCCAAUGUCCGCCGGAAUCGUUCGACGUGAUCCUGGAUGAGAACCAGCUGUCGGACGCCUGCGAGCACAUGGCGGACUACCUGGAGACCUACUGGAGGGCCACGCACCCCCCCGAGAUGGAGCCCACCAACCCCCUGGUGCUGCAGCUUGCCGAGAACACGCUGCCUGUCAGCCCCCCGGCUCCUGUGACCCCUACGCCUCGGAAGAAGGAGGAGCAGAAGGAGAGGAGGCCCCCAGCCACCAAAAGGAAGGGCUCCCGCGAGAACCACCUAGCCCCGGAGCCCCCCUCGGCCCCCGGCCCCCCGGAGCAGAGGACCAGGGAGGGCGGCCGCAGGGAGGGUCCGAAGGAGGAGCAGCAGGAGGGGGAGCUGCGGGAACAGGGGCUGGAGGAAUCGCUCCUGAGGACCGAACCAAAGAGGGCCCAGCACGGCCACCACCACCACCACCACCACCACCACCACCAACACCAACACCGCAGGACUGACCCCCACCACCAGCACCCCGGCAGGGAGCACGCACACGCACACCACGGCCCCUCCCGCCGCCAACUCCCCCGGCUGUCGAGGAGCACUGUGGGGCAGGAGGAGGAGGAGGGGCAGGGGGGAGGCGUGGGAGGCGGGGAGGAGCAGCGGGGCGUGGACCCUCGCUACCACGGCAGAGUGGUGGCCUCUCACAAGGACCUCAACCACCAUCCCAACAGCGGCCACCGGCCGCACCACCACCGUCGCCACCACCCUCCUCCACAGCCACAACAACAACAACAACAACAACAACAACAACAACAACAACAACAACAGCAGCAGCAACAGCAACCGUACGCAUAUCAGCAUCAGUACCACCAGCAUCACCGCGGCAACAGGCAGCCGCAGAGCGGGGAGAGCAACGAGACGGAGCAGAACAACGAGCGCAACCGGCAGCACCGGCGCCCCCCCCACCACCGCCGCCACCACCCCCCACCACCACCACCACCACCACCACCGCCGCAGCAGCAGCACACGGAGGCCCCCAGGACCCCCCGUAGAGACCACUACCCCGGGGGCCACCACAACCAACGCAACUACCAGCACUACCACAGCAGGGACCGAGAGCGGGAGAGAGACGGAGACGGGGACAGGGGAGAGCGAGACGGGGACGGGAGACACUGGCACAGGGAUCCCCGUGUAUACAGCUAGCCGCUGUCGGUGUGAUUGUGGCGCCGUUGUUGUGGCGCCGCUCUGGUUGUGAACGCCACUCAGGAGCGGUCGGAAAUUGGCAAUGACUUCUGCCGUUCUGUAUGUCGUUCUUUGCUGAUUGUUGCCUGCCUCUGCCCCCUCCCUAGCAGUCGAAUCGCCUCGUGGUCUCGCACUCCUACCAUACCGGCCACGCCUCGGAGCGAUGGGCUUGGAUGGUCCACUUGAAAUGAUUGACCGUUUAUCUAAAAAGGAGUCGCUUGCCUUCCGCUUAAGUCACAAGUAAACACGUAAUAGUGAGUCAGUUGACCUGUCAACACAGACAAAGUUCAAGCAGUUGUCACUCCCAAAAUGAGACCGGUGUUCAGGGUUGAAGCCCCAUGUCCUUGCCAUGAGUCUGUGUCACUUCCAGACCUAGAACGGGUGUUCGAGACUUCCCAUGCUGAAUCCGCAGCUGAUCGCCAGGUCGUGUGAUGAAAACCAUGAGAAAUCUCAAUUUACAGUGUAUAUAUCUGGCUAUUCUUAAAGGCAACCUAUUAUUUUUUCUUCCGUGUUUUCUAUUGCAGCACAGUGGAUUAUUUAUGAAUUUAAUAAAUUAAAGUCUAUUAAUAAUUUUAUCACAACAAUAUUGGACUGGAAUGAGAUUGGUUGGUGACGGUUGUCCAUUAGGGAAUGAUGGCCACACAGACGCUGAGCUAUUUUGGAGCUUGUCAUGGACAUCGGUGCUUAACAUGUACCUUAUACCACCAUGAUCCAUCAGAACCAUUAAUAAUAAUAGCAUGCAGACACAAAUCAUAACCUGCUGUACCUUGAAAUGAACCCCUGCACACUGAGCCUCGAUUUUAGUGAGUUCUUGUUCUCAAAUCUCUGUCUUUGUAGACAACACACUGCUUGACUAUCUCGAGGUUGCUGAAAUGUUUGGCUGUUACAAAGAUCUACAUUAGAUCUGAAAACCCGAAGGACAUGAUCACAUUCAUCGUGACCCACCUGUAAGUGUUUGAUUUGUUUUCAGACUAAAUAUAGGAUGAUACAGGAUAUGGUUUUAACUGUGCAGAAUAAUAAAAUACAAGCCUUGAUUUGUAGUAAACUCAUUCAUAAUUUACGAGUCAAACCAUACAAGGGAGAUGGCAGGCUUAACCCGUUUCAGAUUUUCAGCGGGUGUCAAACAGUCAGAUGAUAGCAUCGCACUUCUCUUCCGACAACGUUUAUGACAAACGAUGACAUACAUACAAAAGCAGUUUAUUUCAAGAAAAGUCCCCCAAACUAAUUUUUCUGCACCUGAAUGAGAACCGUGUGUCGUACUCAGCUUCCUACUUUUUCUAACCGUGUUGUUCAAGCGCAUUUAUUCUCUCUCGCACUCGUCUGGAAGCAUGACUCAUUUAUUUUGUCGUGACACUCGUGCGCUGUGCGCUGAGGCCACUAUGCAUCUUCUUGUGAUGAAGAAUAUAGCUUGAAAUCGACUUCUAUGCAUUUGUAUAUAAACACAUAUCAUAUUUGCCUUGACUGUUGGGUUGAUGGGGGCAGGGGGGGGGCCGUGAGGGAGUAAAUUGCACUGGUUUGCUAGAGCUUUACCUCAUAGGCCUUUUUCAUAGAAAUGUCUUCGUAGGACAGACACAGGUGUCACUCAUAACUCUCAUUAUGGGUCUGUUCCUUUUGUCUACCAGGGCACUUGUAGUAGACUAAACUAGUGAAGGUAAGUAUGAUUCUUGUGCCCUGCAUAAAAUGGAACCCACCCAUAAUAAGUGGUAUCAAAAGUGUUUUGAGUGACACCUGUGUUUGUCCAAUAGUGACGCCUUUGUGAAAAGGGGCUAUAAGGACUGCAGGUCUAACAGCUAAAUCCACUCUCUCGCUUCUCUUAUGAUGCAUUGG